GUCAGCCAGGCGGCCCAGGCCUAUCGCAAAGGGAAAAAAGACCUGAUGCCGGACUCCUCAUCAGGAGAAGCGGCAGAACUCAUAUGCCAGGUACAUGGACCUACUAUCGCGCCAUUCUGUUGGUCUGUCCAGGAUGUGGCACCUCGAAGCGGACAGUGAACCACGUUGGACGAGUUGCUGGAAUUCCACCAACAUUGCCCGGAGGACGAACCGUGAUGCCUUGUGGCUUGAUCAGACAAUGAUUCCGCAGUUGUUGCGAAUCUGGUGGCAGCCUCUCUUAGUCCAAUGGCUUUUUAUACAUCUCUCCCAGAUCACCUCACUGGCUUCGCCUUGGCCUACCGUGAGCCUUGCAGGCUAUUAUCGAAUAAUCACCAGCCCCCAGGUAUUCUAUGUUGCUGCUAAUCUCCGCGAACAGGCCAGAGUAUCGCUAUCGUCGCUGCCAGACGGCAGAUAUAUACCUCCACGAUGUUGGACUUGCUUCGCCUCCUCUGUCACAUCGAUUUCCCACCCACGCUCAUUCAGGCAGAACGCUACCCACACUCAUUCAACACGCGAAUUUCACUUGCUCCAACACCAUCUCCAAUACUCUCUCUCCAAUCACCCAAACACCAAAAAACCCACUUCGAACCAGAACCAUGCAUUUCUUCAAGGCAAUCGUCGUCGCCGCCAUGGCCUCCUCCGCAGCCGCUAUGCCAAUGCCAGUCUUUGGCCUGAACCAUAUCACCAACUCGCUCGGACUACACGCCGGCCCAACGAGGGCAUGCAAGGCUUCCCAAAUGUGCCGUAUGACGAAGAGAUUCUUUGACUGGGAGUAAAUUUGACAGUCCAUUCGACCUUGGGUGGAGCGCCACAAGAGUUCAGCAACCCACUAUCCGAGACGCGGAAUCUUGUAUCAGAAAGGACGAGUUGGCUACACAGGUUCCCCACGGAUUCUACAACUCAACUGGGGCGUUUCACUUUUUUUGGUUUAUGGCUUACGCUUUUGUGUGUUGUGUUGUAUAAGUGAGGGUCAGGGGAGAAUCCCGUAUUCAUUCGGGAUGAGGUCGUUGACGGAGUACAUUUUCUCUCUCAAGAUCGAACGAGCGUUUCGCUCGUUCGGGACUUAUCGUUGUUGUUGUAGUAGUAGUAGGAGGGGGAGGAGGAGGAGGUAGUAGUGACUUCAACACGAGGUAUUUUUGUGGAAAUGGCCAUUGUGUAUUAUUUAACGUAAGGAAUCAGGCGUGUUGGAUGCGAUGCCUUUGGUUGUAUCCUCACGAUUGAAUGAA